UCCAUUCUUUCCCGGGUCUCCACCUCAGUGGCCAGCAGAGCUGGUCCUGCCGCUGCUGUAUGGGCUGAAGCCCGACCAGCGAAUACCCCUAGCUUUGCCACACAGACCCCUUCUCCAGGGGAGAGUGGAGGAUGGAAAGGAGACGCCUCCAGCAGCCAGGCACAGCAAGGACGGUGCCAGGUGGCCGAGCCUGGCCCGGACGCCUAGAGCUCCAGCACGGGGACUUGCUUUUACCCUGCCUCUCUGAGCGGCAGGCAAGGAGAGGGGGCGAGGGACCGGCGCCGGACGAGCCCCCGGGAGGGGACACGGGAGCGGAGCGGAGCGCGCCUCGCAGCGGGGCGGGAGGCAGGGAGCGCCGGGGAGCAGCGGCCGGGGCCCGGGGGUGGGGGCCGCUCCCCGAGCCCUGACGUAGAAACUAAGCGGGGCUGCCCGCCCCGGCUUCUUAAGGAGAGCGGCGGCGGCGGCGAGCGCCCUGCCCUGCCCGGCCCGCCCCGCACGCCGCAGCGCCGAGUAACACAAUGGAUCUUGGUAACAGAGGGAGGAGAAUCCACUACAACAUGAGGCUCACCUGCUCUCUGCUAAUCAUGGGAGUGUUCUGUGUGACACCUUUCCUCUGCCAUAGCCAAAUUGACCCACUGGCUCUAGGGCGAGCAGACCCUCAAUGCUGGGAAUCCUCCUCAGCGGUCUUACUGGAAAUGAGGAAGCCUCGUAUUUCUGACUCUGUUAGUGGCUUUUGGGACUUCAUGAUCUUCCUGAAAUCAUCAGAGAACUUGAAACAUGGGGCUCUGUUCUGGGACCUGGCUCAGCUCUUCUGGGAUAUUUAUGUGGACUGUGUGCUUUCCAGAACCCACGGUCUAGGAAGAAGACAGCUUGCAGAAGCUGAACAGAAGAUUACUACUCUACAUUCCCAGUACACAAGGAGAAACCAAGGGACGUUUUCUCAUAUUCAGAGGUCACCAGUUCUGAAGAAGAAAGACAUGUUUGAAGAUUUAAUAAAUAUACACAUGCAUAAGAGUAGAUCUACGUUACUUGGAAGAUUCAUGGGAGAGCUAGGGAAAAAGAGGAAAUGAUAGAUCUACUUCAGAAUCUCAAUCUGUAGAUUUUUUUGAACUGUUUCUUUAGGAUUUUUGCAUUUUAAUCCUCAGUGAUGUUAAUUUAUAUAG